AUGGCCCAGCCUCUCCCCUCUUCCCGGCAUGGACUCGAUAACACUGAUGUGGAUCCCACUCUAAAAGGUUCUCUUUCUGACCCCAUCUCUUCACCUCCUCCCAAAGCCAACAGCUCCCAUUCAAGAGACACCAAUAUCUGGCACCCUGAGAUGAACUCCGAGCUCAGGGACAUCCUAGUGCUACUGCCUACCUGGGAACAACUGCGGCUGUCAGUGGAGGUCACAGCCACAGGACAAGAGCUCUUCCGGCAGGUAUGUGAUACGGCACACAUCCGAGACGCCCACGUUUUUGGCCUCAGCGUGGUCAGAAACAAUGAGUAUGUGUUCCUAGAUUUGAAGCAAAAGCUCAGUAAAUACUUCUCGAAGGACUGGAAGAUGGAAAUGAACCAAAGGGAUAAGAUAUCCAGGGCACCCUUUAUCACCUUCUUCAGAGUGCAGUUCUACGUGGAAAAUGGGAGGGCAAUCAGUGACAAGACAGCCCGGUACCUAUACUACUGUCACCUGAAGGAGCAGGUACUGAGGUCCAAGUGCAUGCACAGAGAGGAGGCCUACUUUCUGCUGGCUGCCUGUGGGUUACAGGCUGACCUGGGAAACCACCAGGAGUCGGUCCAUGUGGGCAAGUACUUUGAGCCACAUGCCUACUUCCCACAGUGGAUUAUCAACAGCAGGGGAGCUGACUACAUCCUCAGGCAUGUGCCUGCCAUGCACCGUGAACACCGGGGCUUGAGUCCCCAGGAGGCCAUACUACGCUUCAUCAGGGAUGCCUGCCAACUUGAGGAUGUUCCUGUCCACUUCUUCAGGCUGUACAAGGAAAAGAAGGAAGAUGGCCCUACCAUGCUCCUGGGACUCACUCUGAAAGGGGUGCACAUUUACCGGGGGAAGAAGCUGGAAAUCCAGCCAGAAGGGCUGCUGGCAACACGGAAGCUGCGGUUCUACACGGGCUAUGCCUGGCGCUCCCACUACCUGCUGCAACUGCUUCGCACCACCCACCAGCUGCACCUCAGACUGCGGCCUGUGCUACAGAGGCUACAACAGCUGGGGGAGGCACAAGAGAAGAAAUGCUACCGGGAAUCCUACAUCAGUGACCCACUGGAGCAGGACCUGAACCCACACAGCAGGAAUUACCUGGGCAAUGAGGACAAUAUGGGCAGCAGACAACAAUCCCUCCUCUCACUCUUCCCCAAAAGCCAUGGCAAGUCCCACACAGUAGGCAUGGAGCUCAACUCCCUGCAUGGGGAGUGUGAGAUGUCGGUGGAUGAGCUCACAGGGACUGAGAGGCUCUGUGGAAUGGCACCAUCCAGCAGUUCCUGGAGCAGCUUCAGCAGCCAGGACACCUGCACCAACAACAGAGGGGCUGGAAUUCUUACCAGAGUGGCUUCCCAUAGUGUCCAGUCCUAUGGCAGGGCCAGGCUCAAGGUAGAGUUCAGUGUCCAGAUUCAAGAGACGCUCCCAGGAGCGUGCUUAGCCAGCAACAGCCGCCCACCAAGAGAAUGUCUGCAGUGCCCACAGGGACUAGAGUCUGAGAGCCCGCUGUUAGGCUCUGGUGCCCAAUGGGAAAAGGAGAUGAGGACAUCUGGGUGGGGUAUUCAGAUAACGGUGGCUGCUUGUGUGACGUGGACCACAGAGCAGACCUCUCAGAAGCUCUGGCUCCACUCCUCAGCAGGUGGACGCCAGACCACUGUUCCACAUUACACUUCCGAUGGAAGAGCCUUCACUUGA